CUAUUACCCUCCAUCGCUCGCUCUCUCCUUCUCUCUCUCUCUCUCUCCUUCUCUCUCUCUCUACUCUCUCUCUCUCCCUUUCUCUCUCUCCUCCAGAGGUGGAAAGUAACGGAGUAAAAGUACUCCGUUACAGUACUUGAGUAGUUUUAGGGAGGAUCUAUACUUUGCUUGAGUAUUUAUAUUCAUCAGGACCUCCACUUUUACUCCACUACAGAACAAAGGCUGCAGCGCGAGCAGAAGUAACGAGACCGAGAGGAAGAAGACUUCUGUGCGUGCGCGUGUCCGUGGAACCAUGAAGUGUGUGGAGGGGGCUGUUUCCAGUCUCAGCUGGUCUCUGGUCUGCGGGGGGCCGCUCUACCUGUGGCAUCAGACCCGGAGCCGGGUGCUUUACGGCCGCUACGUGUCCGCGGACAGCCGCUGCUGUUCGGCCACACUGGGCUGGUUCCUGCAGGAGGUUCCGUCCUUCCUGCUGCCGCUGCUGCUGCUGCUGCUCCCCGGGGAUCCAGGCCCCGGGCCCGGGAGGACGCUGCUGCUCUGCACCUUCACGUUUCAUUACUUCCACAGGAGUUUUAUUUACGCCUUCCUGACCAGGGGCCGACCCCUCCCCCUGAAAACGAUCGUCUUUGCCGCCAUCUUCUGCUCGCUCAAUGGCUUCUUGCAGGGACACCACCUGCUGCACUGCGCCCGCUUCGAUGACACGUGGCUGACCUACGCUCGUCUGGCGGCAGGUUUCCUUCUGUUUGUCGUGGGUCUGAGCAUCAACAUCCACAGCGACCACAUCCUGCGCAGCCUCAGGAAACCUGGAGAGGUCGUCUACAGGAUCCCACACGGGGGGAUGUUUGAGUUCGUGUCUGGGGCGAACUUCUUUGGCGAGAUCGUGGAGUGGUGUGGUUACGCUGUGGCCGGGUGGUCUUUACCAACCUUCGCCUUCGCUUUCUUCACGUUCUGCUCCAUCGGGCCCAGAGCGUACCACCACCACAGAGACUACCAGCGGAGGUUCGAGGACUACCCUCGCUGCAGGAAAGCUCUGAUCCCGUUCAUACUGUGAUGACGGUGGAGAGGAAACAUCUCAGCUGAGCUGCACAGACACAAAGUGAUGAAUAUAUACAGUGCCUUGCAUAAGUAUUCACCCCCCUUGGACUUUUUCCCAUUAUGUACUGUUACUAACUGGAAUUCAAAUAGACUUAAAUAAACUUUUUCCCG